UCCUGAUAUGGUAUCAGAGCAUUUUUCUUAGCUCGUUUGAUCUCUGAUUUCUUGUUCAAUUCUUCAUUCUCUUCUCAAUUUCUUCAUCUCUCGUUGUAUCGAUUCCAAAUCUGUGCAAAAUUUGAGCUCAAGCGGAGGAGAUUCAUAUUCCCAGCUUCUGAUUUCAUCUAUCUUGCACAUUUGCGCUUCGAUCUUCUCCAAUGGUGAAACAGAAGAAGAAGACGCUUCCUCGUAACACCUCUCCGGUUUCAGAUUUUUCACCGAUGAAGACUCGAGCUGGUUCUUCAUUUCCAGCGGACGAUGACAUCGCUUUGACUCUGAAUCCGAGGUUUACGGCGCUCCGCAACAAAUCCAACACAAUAUCUGAUGAAUUUGAGUCAUACAACAACGCUCACAGUCCAUUCUUCCUUCACGCAUCAGAUCACCCAGGUCUGUCUAUCGUUUCUCAUAUUCUUGACGGAUCCAACUACAACAACUGGUUAAUAGCUAUGCGAAUGAGUCUUGAUGCUAAGAAUAAGCUUAGUUUUGUGGACGGUUCACUUCCUAGACCAGCGAUUGAUAGUCAGAUGUUCAAGAUUUGGAGUAGAUGUAACAGUAUGGUUAAGGCCUGGAUAUUGAAUGUUGUGAGUAAGGAGAUAUAUGAUAGUAUCUUAUACUAUGAUGAUGCUGUUGAGAUGUGGAAUGACUUAUUUCUGAGGUUUAGAGUCAAUAAUCUUCCAAGGAAAUAUCAACUUGAGCAGGCCAUUAGUUCACUUAAACAGGGCAAUCUUGCGUUGUCAGCUUAUUAUACCAAGAAGAAGACGUUAUGGGAGCAGCUGGCAAACACUAGACUGACUACUGUGAAGAAGUGUAACUGUGAUCAUGUCAAGGAGUUGAUGGAAGAAGCUGAAACAAGCAAGAUAAUUCAGUUUCUUAUGGGGCUGAAUGACAACUUUGCAAAUAUCAGAGGACAUAUUCUUAAUAUGAAACCAAGACCAAGUUUGACAGAGAUGUAUAAUAUGUUGGACCAAGAUGAAGGGCAGAGAACAGGUGGCCUCUCUACACCACAAAUGUUCACUAAUCCAGCUGCUUAUCAAGUCCAGACAACUACUACUCCUGAUCAAGCUCAAGUGUUCUUGGCUCAUAAUGGUUCACAGAAACCGAAAUGUUCUCAUUGUCACAAGAUUGGUCAUACUGCAGAUAAGUGUUACAAGUUACAUGGUUAUCCACCUGGAUUUACUUCAAAAUGGAAGAAACCUCAGAUCAUAGGAACUACAAACCUUGCUGCAACACAAUGCCAAUCUUCUCUUGACCAGAAAGAGAAUAUGGAGUAUUCUUGUGAUGAAAUGUCUACAGAUCAGAUUCAGACAGUGAUUUCGUAUCUUAGUUCCAAGCUUCACACUACUACUGCCUCACCUCACACAUCUACUAAUCCUUCUGCUUCGACUUCAUCUUCUGUUCCUGUAAUCUCACAGAUUUCAGGAUCUUACACAGGAGUUGAUGAUUGGAAAAGGGAUUGAAAUUGGAAAUUUAUAUGUCUUGCAUUUCGAUGAGUCUACUCGUUCUGUUUCUUUAAAAGGUACUGCAUUACCACUUAAUAGUGUCUCUGUUUGUUCUAGUGUCGUUGUUGAUCCAAUUACAUGGCAUAGAAGGCUUGGUCAUCCAUCUCAGUCUAAAAUAGAUUUACUUUCUGAUGUAUUGAGUUUAAAACAAAUAAAAGGAAAUAAAGAAAAGUUAUCUGUUUGUCA